AUGUUCAGGUCUCUCCGAAAAGAUCCUGUUCUCGUGACUGAACUGUCAACGCCACCAGAACGGCUGAAGACGGCGAACACCGAUAGCGAGUUGAAAAUGCUUCUGGAUCAACUGCGAUUUGUGCUGGCAAUGGCGAAACAAGUGGCCGACAACGCCAAGAACUUGAGCAAGGUCGUUCCGAACGUGUCGUUGUUGGAGUCCGAAGUCGCCGCAGAAGUUGUUGAAGCGUUGGCUGGCGUGGAAGGCGUCAACGUGCCACUCAAGAUCAUGAGCGUGAUGGAGACUGUUAUUGCAACUGAAGCGCGAGAGGCCGGUGACAUGAGCCGGCUGCUUGUGGAAGCAGUGUUUGUUCCUGCCCGGAAAUAUCUCCAAGUCGUACCUUUUGUGAACAAACAGCUGCGUGCCCGGGACGCAUUGAUUGCCGACAUCUUACGCACCGAGGACAAACUGGCCAAGUACGAGCGCGAGAGAUUCACCAACACUAAUGCGUGGCGGAUCCCGACGCUCAAGAAGCAGCUCGCUGCGCAGGAGGCCGACUUCUGCUCGCUCGAAAGCCACCUUGUGGACGAACUCCGCCAAGUAGUGUCCGUGCACAACGGCGAGUAUUUUGAGUCGGUGUUUGAGGCAUUCGCCAAGGCCGAACUAAAGCUGGUGGGCGAGCAGGUGAAGGUGCUGAGAGACGUGGAUCCCGUGGUGCGGCCCGACUACGAGGCCAGUCGUGGCAUGGACUUCGGCACGUUCCUGGAGGACAGGCUUGAUCGUCUGGGGCAAUUCGGGAUCGUCAGCCUCGUCCCGCCGGCCGCCCAUCGAGCCGCCUGUGACGUUUGA